GGCAGCGACCGCCCAGUUCACGUCACUGGCGGAAUCCCUAUUUAGUCACCCGCCGCCCUCACCUCCUCGCGGUACUGCAGCGGCAAUUGGGGGCUGAGCGUAGGGCGACCAGAGCAACAAAAUGUCUCUCAGUGAAAAGCUAAUUGAAAAUGUUCACAAAGAAGAGCAUCCCCAUGCCCACAACAAGAUCACUGUGGUUGGAGUUGGUGCAGUUGGCAUGGCUUGUGCCAUAAGCAUUUUGAUGAAGGAUUUAGCUGAUGAACUUGCCCUUGUUGAUGUCAUUGAGGACAAGCUGAAGGGAGAGAUGCUGGACCUUCAACAUGGCAGCCUCUUCCUCAGGACACCAAAGAUUGUCUCUGGCAAAGACUAUGCUGUAACUGCACACUCUAAACUGGUCAUCAUCACUGCUGGAGCUCGCCAGCAGGAAGGAGAAUCUCGCCUGAACCUGGUCCAGCGCAAUGUGAACAUCUUUAAAUUCAUCAUUCCUAAUGUUGUCAAGUAUAGCCCUGACUGCAAGCUGCUUGUUGUUUCCAAUCCAGUGGACAUUCUUACCUAUGUGGCCUGGAAAAUCAGUGGCUUUCCUAAGCACCGUGUGAUUGGAAGUGGUUGCAAUCUGGACUCUGCCCGUUUCCGCCACCUCAUGGGUGAGAGGCUGAAUAUCCACCCUCUCAGCUGCCAUGGCUGGAUUGUGGGAGAGCACGGAGACUCUAGUGUGCCUGUCUGGAGUGGUGUGAAUGUUGCUGGUGUCUCCCUGAAAACUUUACAUCCUGACAUGGGAACUGAUGGAGACAAAGAAAACUGGAAAGAGGUGCACAAGCAAGUUGUAGACAGUGCCUAUGAGGUUAUCAAGCUGAAAGGAUACACAUCUUGGGCAAUUGGCCUUUCUGUGGCAGAUCUAGCUGAAACCCUCAUGAAGAAUUUAAGAAGAGUACACCCAGUCUCUACAAUGGUGAAGGGCAUGCAUGGAGUUAAAGAUGACGUCUUCCUAAGUGUUCCUUGCGUCCUGGGUUACUCAGGCAUUACAGAUGUGGUGAAAAUGACUUUGAAGAGUGAGGAGGAAGAUAAGCUGAGGAAGAGUGCAGAUACACUCUGGGGAAUUCAGAAGGAGCUUCAAUUUUAAACCUGUUAUCCUAUCCCUUCACUGCUUAUUAGUGUCAGUGGGUCUUAAGAGGAUUGUCUUGUUGCACUUUCAGCCAGGUCAGUUCCUUUAUGAUGUAUCAGCUAGAAACCCAUACAGAGCUAAAAUUGUGUAGUAGGAAAACUUGCAGCUCUUUCUGCGCAGUUUUGAUUUGUGGCCAGAGCUGGAUCACACCCUAGUAUUUGUACUGUGAAGUGGUGUAAAAUAGAUCCAGAACACCCUGAAACAGCACCACUAAAUGACACCCAUCUGCCUUUCCUCAGCUCAAUUGAAUUUCACUGCUGAAUAAUUAGUAACUGGUCUUCAGAAACAAAGAAUUUUAUUCUCUGCUGACCAGUGAUUGAAGUCAUCACUAUUGAGCAGCCCUAAAUGUACUUUCCCUGGAUGCUGUUGCUUUCAGUCUUUAUGUGUACAUGCAGAGACCCUUAUUUUUGUGUACUCCAACUACUCCAGUCUUCAGCACAAAGUAAAGCCUCUGUAUGCAACAAUUAACUGCUGCAAUUGUCCAACUGUAGUACCAGCCCCCCAAUAAAAUAAACAAUAUACUGCUA